AUGUUGUCUCGACUGGUCUCCCUCAAUCGUCCCAUGCUUCUGUAUGGUGCUGCACUGUUACUUAGCCGGCAUGUUCACUCUCAAUCCAUUUCCGGCGUCACGCCGGCCGACGUCGCCAACAAGACGUACGACUUUGUUGUCAUUGGCUCCGGACCAGGUGGCGGGCCGUUGGCGGCAAAUCUUGCCAUAGCAGGCCAUUCUGUCCUGCUCUUGGAAGCGGGUGAGGACCAUGGUGAUACUCUAGUCCAGCAGGUUCCCGAGCUUUAUCCUCAGGCAAUCCAUGUCCCUGACCAGCGCUGGGAUUUCUUUGUGCGAUACCAUGCCAACGAUGACCUGCACAACAAUUACGAGUAUUUUACUUGGCGGACCUCGAACGGGUCGUACCAUGUGGGCCAGAGCCCUCCACCGGGAUCGGAAAGACUUGGAGCAUACUAUCCGCGUGCCGGAACGCUUGGAGGAUCUGCGACCCGCAACGCCAUGAUUUCCAUCCAACCUCCUGCGAGUGACUGGGAAUAUAUCUCAAAUAUCACUGGGGAUGAUACUUGGGGACCUUCGAACAUGCAUCGGUUGUUUCAGCGCCUUGAGCGCAAUCAUUACUUGCCCAACGGCACCGAAGGACAUGGCUUCAGCGGAUACCUUGGACAGUCUCAGCCAAACCCUGCAGUUGUGGAGCAGCAGCCCCAGUUCUCAGAGGUUCUCGAAAGCCUCGCCGCCGAGUUAGGUCAUAACGAACCCGUUGAAGAGCUGCUUCGUGGGGACGUCAACAGUGCGGAUCCGCAACGGGACACGACGCAGGGACUAUACGGUUUCGCUCAACACAUCGACGCACAGGGCAGGCGUAGUGACGCGCGCACGCGUGUUUACACGGUCUCCACGGCUACCAAUCCAGAUGGCUCAAAAAAAUUCCCCCUGGACGUCAUGUUCAACGCUCUCGCCACUCGCGUCUUGUUCGACAACGCCACUGCAGGAAAUACGCCUAGGGCUACUGGUGUAGAGUUUCUUUGGGGGUCUGCGAUGUACAGUGCCGAUCCGCGGUACAACGCAAACUCGACUGGUGAAUCGGGUAUCGUGAGGAUAAAGAAAGAAGCAAUCGUCUCUGGCGGUGCAUUCAACUCACCUCAAAUUUUGAAGCUGAGUGGCAUAGGCCCAGCUGACGAACUAUCACAUUUCGAUAUUCCCGUCAUUGUGGAUCUGCCGGGAGUUGGCAACAAUCUGCAAGACAACUACGAAACCAGCGUUAUUGCGCACGCCUCAACCGACUUCGAGAACAACGGACCUGCUUGCACGAUGGGUACCACAGAGGACGACCCCUGUCUUGAGCUUUGGCUUUCCAGGGGCAUUCCGCGGCUUCUACCCUCGAGCUCCAGGGAUCCCUGGCCCUGA